UCUACAUUAACGUAGCGGUCUUUGCCACGUCAGCCGGCCCCAGAUUACUUUUAAAGAGGACACAAUCUCAUUCAUAUCACAUUAAUCUUCAUACCCUCACUGACGAUGUCUCCAGAUGGCACACGCAAAGAAGAUCCUAGAACAAUCGUUUGGUUUGACAUCGAUAAUACACUAUAUUCCGCCAGCACCAAGAUUUCCCAAGCCAUGGGUCAGCGCAUCCAUGCAUACUUUGUCACUCUUGGGCUCGAUGAGGACGAAGCCUCCGAGUUGCAUCACUCAUACUACACUCAGUACGGACUGGCACUUCGCGGUCUAACACGUCAUCAUAACAUAGAUCCCAUGGAUUUCGAUCGGAAAUGUGAUGGUACACUUCCUCUCGAUGAUCUCAUUAAACCAGAUCCGGGGCUACGAAAGCUCUUUCAAGAUUUGGACAGAACCAAGGUGCGUGUAUGGGCGUUGACGAAUGCAUACAAAACCCACGCACAACGAGUACUCAAGAUAUUAGACCUAGAAGACCAGAUCGAGGGCCUUGUUUACUGUGAUUACCAGCAAAUCGGCUUUACUUGCAAACCGGAACCAGAUUAUUAUCACAAUGCCAUGAAACAAGCGAAUAUUUCAGAUCCAUCUAAAUGUUACUUCGUCGACGACAGUCAGCUCAAUGUCAGAAGCGCUAAAAAACUUGGCUGGGGUCAUUGUGUACACUUUUGCGAGGCCGGUUUGGAAAUUGUGGAUGGCGGAAAGACGAAGAAACUUGUUCUGGACACCAAUACUAAUGACCCCGAGAGCAUCAGGCAGAUCAGUGAUUUAGAAGAACUCAGGACUCUCUGGCCCGAAAUCUUUGUAUAACAAACUUCUACACGAAACAAUCUAGAGUGCUUGCGGCACGACAGUCACGUUUUCGCAAAUCCGCGAGGGCUCGUCUGUUGCCAUUCUCCAGUUUGGCGUCGAAAGAUAAGACAGAAGGAAAUCAGGGAUCGAUCAAUCAUCAAGGACAUCUUCAACCUGUGGACCUUAAACCCCUCGGUGUCGAUCGAGCAGCGUCUGCAUAUCUGAUAUCAAUGCGAUGUAAUUUUACUGGCU